AUGAUUGUAAAAAGAGUCAGGGAUACAGGGGUAGUUGAAGCUGCUAGCACGACCUUAGAGUCUGCUAAAUUCGGCAUGGCAGUGGUUGAAAAGGAGGCCAAGGAGAAAGUUAAUCUCCAGGUAAACUUAGAGGUAGUCCUAAAGGCUUAUAAUGAAGAAAAGCUUGAGAUAGCUUCUAAAGAUAGCACCAUUGCAGAGACAGAAAGUUACCUGAACCAUGUCCCUAUUCAAAUGAGGGAUAAACUUCAUAAAUUUGCUAUAAACAAUGCCAUAAGUGCAAAGAAACACCUGAAGUCUUUCGGUGACAUGAUUAAUGACUAUGUGAUUGCAAAUGAGGAUGUGAUUAUGAAAUUGUUUGUGCAAUCUUUAGUGGAAGAUGCCAGAGAUUGGUACAGAGGGUUACCUAUGGCCUAUAUCCUUAGAGAAAAAAACCCAGAUAGUUUAAGGGAUACUUUUAGAAUUGCAAUAAAUAUGGAAAGUAAUAGGAAAGCAUUAGGAAAAGUGGGAAGGAGAACUGAUGGCAGAUUGUGGCAAGAGAAAAAGUCACAACUAAAUAAAGGCUCUAAAGAAGAGGAUGAGAUUGAGAAAUUGAUGACUGUUGUGAAAGACCUUACCGCCAAGUGUGUUGUGGGGCAAGCUUUAAAUGAAUCUAUGAGGAGUGAGGGUGAACUGAGGUAUCAAAAUGAGGAUAAACCUGCAGUUAAUAUGUUUGAAACCAUUGCUGAAAGUGAUUAUGAGUCUUCACAAGAUGAAGCAAGUGAGUAUGAUGCAUUGAGCAACAGUGUAAAUUGCCACAGUAAGCCUUUUUCACUGUUCCCUUUCACUUCUUACCAUACAGUAGCAGUAGUUUUGCUUCAGAAGGAUGAUGAAGGGUAUGAACAUCCAAUUGCUUUCUAUAGUAAAUCCUUGCAAGUUGUUGAAUUAAAGUAUGAGAUUAUGGAAAAACAGGCAUAUGCUUUAGUCAAGGUUGUUAAAGCAUUUAGGCCUUAUCUUGUAAAUGCAAGAAUAAUUGCUUAUGUCCCACAUGCAGCUGUCAAGGACAUUCUAUCCCAAUCCGAGGUUACUAGUAAAAGGUCAGAGGAAUUCACAAAAUUUUGUGCAAGUUAUGGAAUUACUAUGUCAUAUUCCUCACCAUAUCACCCACAGGGCAAUGGCCAAGCACAAUCAAGUAAUAAAAGUCUCCUAAACAUCAUUAAGAAGAUUCUUAAACAAAAUAAGAGAUCUUGGGAUCAAAAGCUCAAGCUAGCUUUAUGGGCAGAUAGAUUUACUAUGAAGAAGGCCAUUGGUACAUCUCCAUUUGAACUGGUGUAUGGAAUACAGACCAGAGUACCUGUAAACAAUCUUCUCCCUGUAUAG